UUUCCAAAUAUAUUCGAUAUACCUAAUAGUAGCAUCUGCAAACAAAUUAUGCUUAAGCUAACUUCACUUUUCUGAGCCUAUUUAUUUAUUUAUUUUUCUCAAUUUUACCAACAAGGUGAAUGUGUUUUUUGUGGAUGUAAACAUUUGCACCUGCCCUUAAGUUUAAACAGAUGUCCACUAGUGUAACGUUAGUUCAGAAAAUCGCAAAUUAUUUUUAUUUUAUCAUUAAAACUAAUCUCGUGUUUGUAAUUAAUUAUGUUUUAGAUUAUUCAAUAAAAUGCCCCAAUUGUAAAAGUAAAUAUGUGUAGUGGUACGAAUGUCCUCUGUGGUCACGUGGUUUGGGAACGCACUGUGGACUCACCUGCGCGUUCGAAGACACGCCCGUACCUGGAAGUUUCAGGAAACCAGGGAUUGUACACAAAACCGAGUUCAGUCGUACUUUUUUUUAAAUGUUGAGUCGUUUAUAAGUCUUAAGGAUCCUCGUGUGUCUGUAUGAGAGUUUAUGGAGCUUCGGAAUUUGGCCAGUCUGAAGAGACCAGUCCAACCAGAUUGAGUUAUUCCGGUCAAGCCGCUCCAGCUGGGAAAGGUUUUCCUUAACCCACGAAGCUCAAUAUUUGUGCUUUCGUCGCCUUUCUGCUCCAAGUUGUCGAGCAAUUAAACAGAGCCCAGAAAUGGAGGAGACUGUGUGGGAGCAGUAUACUGUGACCCUACAGCGGGACUCCAAGAAGGGGUUUGGCAUUGCUGUGUCCGGCGGGCGCGACAACCCAAACGAAGAGAGCGGAGAAACAUCAAUCACUGUAUCCGAUGUGCUUCAGGGAGGUCCAGCAGAUGGCUUGUUGUAUGAAAAUGACAGAGUCAUCAUGGUGAACGCUGUGCCCAUGGAUGGUGUCCCACACUCAUUUGCAGUACAGACUCUUCGCAAGUGUGGCAAAGUUGCCAAAAUUACAGUUAAGAGGGCUAGAAAAAUCCCAGCCGGUCUUCUCAAACGAGCCCCAUCACCGGACGACCGCGUCUUCAGCGGCGACUACAAUGACGAUUAUGACUACGACCAGGACCGCCACAGCGUUUACAGUGGACGUAGCUACCCCGAUCGCGAUGCCAGUCUAGAACGAGAGCGAGGUGGCUAUGCAGACGUACACGACCGUGACUAUGAACGCGGUCGAGGGAGGACCCUGGACCGAGGCAUGAGCCCCGAUAGACAGUACCGGCGAGACGGCAGCCGUGGACGGAUGCUCGACCGUGAACGUAGCCCAGAACGACCUUAUCGAAGUGAGCACGCCCUCGAUCGUGACCACAGUCCGGAGCCUCGUUUCCGAAGCGAUCGGACACUGGACCGCAACUACAGUCCUGAUCGACGCUAUCGUAGUGAACACAAUCUGGACAGAGAUCGGAGUCCAGACAGGCGAUACCGCAGCGAUCGGACACUGAACAGAACGCACAGUCCAGAUACACAGUACAGGCCAGUACCAGCUUCACGUUACAGCAGAGAGAAUUUGGCCGAAGGAGACGACCGCAAGAAAUACGAUCCUCGCCAAGACAACGCAGUCAGGAGAAGUAACAGUAGAGACCGAUUGGACCGCUCACCCUCCCCACCACAGCGGCUUGAACCUUUGGAUAAGCCCCUCAAUGUUACUCUUCUAAAGAACCGACCCACUGAUGAAUAUGGCCUUCGACUUGGCAGUCAGUUGUUUAUCAAAGAGAUGACAAGCACCGGCCUGGCAUCUAAAGAGGGGAAACUACAUCAGGGUGACGUUAUUCUGAAAAUUAACGGUACAGUCACAGAGAACCUUUCCCUCGGCGAUGCCGGAAAGAUAAUAGAGAAGUCUCGUGGAAAGCUGCAACUGGUGGUUCAGAGGGAUCGCAGUCAGGUGCUCGUCAGAGUCCCACCCAUGGUAGACAGUGAUUCUGAAAUAGAUGAUAUCUCAGAGAUUGAGUCAUACCGCUCGUACUCUCCUCAGGAUGAGAGGCGGAGAGAUCACUCUGACCUGUCCUCGCACUCCUCCAACGAGAGGUUACAAGACAAAAACAGAGAUGAACCUCCCAAUAGACUGGCUAAAAUGGGAGCCAUGCCGACUCCAUUCCGAGCAGCACCAGCAGAGUCACUGCCCCCACCUCCACCUGAAGAGGAGGAGCUUCGUAGUGAAUCACCACUGCCAGUACCAGUGGUAAAUAUUGCUCCAAAAGUUAAAGCCAAACCUUUGCCAAAGGUCCUGCUGCAACCCAGUCCCGAAGACCUGGAAAUAUAUGGCCUCAAUACUGUAAUGGUGCGCUUCCAGAAGGGUGAGAGCGUUGGCCUGCGUCUGGCUGGUGGAAACGACGUGGGCAUUUUUAUUGCAGGCAUUCAAGAGGGCAGUGCAGCGGAGAUUGAGGGACUAUGCACCGGGGACCAGAUCGUGAAGGUGAACAAUACCGAUUUCAGAGGCAUGAUCCGCGAAGAUGCAGUUUUGAAUUUACUAGAGAUUCCCAAAGGAGAGGAUGUGACCAUCUUGGCUCAAUCCAAACCUGAUGUUUUUAAAGACAUCUUGGAGUCUGGGAGAGGAGAUAACUUCUUUAUUAGAACUCAUUUUGAAUAUGAGAAAGAGCUCCCUCAGGGCUUGACCUUCUCAAGAGGAGAGAUAUUUAAAGUAGUGGACACCCUUUAUGACGGAAAGCUGGGCAACUACCUCGCCAUCCGCACCGACAAAGACAACGAGCUGUUGGAGAAGGGCAUCAUACCCAGCAAAAGCAGGGCUGAACAGAUGGCAAACGUUCAGAAUGCGCAGAAAGGGGCAGGCAAUGACAGAGGCGACUUUUGGAGACUCAGGGGUCAAAGGGCAGCCAAGAAGAAAGAUCUUCGCAAAAGCAGAGAGGAUCUCAGUGCAACACCGGUCACUACACGUUUCCCAGCAUAUGAAAGAGUGGUGCUGCGAGAAGCUGGGUUUAGACGACCUGUUGUAAUUUUUGGACCGAUUGCUGAUGCUGCCAACGAUAAACUUGCCAAUGAACUUCCAGAUGAGUUUGUCUUAGCAAAAACCGAACCUAAAGACGCAGGCACAGAGAAAUCGUCAGGUGUGGUCAGGCUCAACACUAUUCGUCAGAUUAUUGAACAGGAUCUACACGCUCUGCUCGACGUCACCCCCAAGGCUGUUGACACCUUGAAUUACACUCAGUGGUAUCCCAUCGUCAUUUUCAUGAACCCUGAUAGCAAGCAGGGAGUGAAGACCAUGAGAAACCGUCUAGUUCCAGGAUCGACCCGCAGUUCACGCAAGCUUUAUGAGCAAGCGGUUAAACUACGCAAAACCUGCCAGCACCUUUUCACAGCUACGAUUGAUCUGAACUCUGCUCAUGAUGCCUGGUUUGGAAGUCUGAAGGACAUCAUACGAGAACAACAAGAGAAAUCUGUCUGGGUCUGUGAGAGCAAACUUGAUGGAUCAGAGGAAGACCUGGAUCUCAAUGACGACCGUAUGUCAUACCUGUCAGCCAUGGGAGCGGAUUACCUGAGCAUGGACAGCCGUCUGACCAGUGAUUAUGAUGAUACGGCCGACGAGGGCGGAGCCUAUACGGAUAACGAACUUGACGAGCCCGCCGACGAUCCGCAGCCAACAUCUGCCAUCCAUCGCUCAUCUGAGCCUGUUAGCGAGGAGAGAUCCAUGCCAGUUCCUCACGCUCGUAUUAAGAGAGCAGGAAGCAAAGAAGUGCUGCAGGAUCCAAGUCCACCGCCAUCGUUUGUGCCAGAACCCCCUAAAGUCAGGUUGAGUUCAAGUGCUGGAGACUCUAAAAAAUUGGACUCUCAUUCCAGCAGUACAGUCAGCAGUGACGUGCCUGUAAGCACCAAACCUCUUCCACCGCCUGUAGCCCUAAAGCCCAGCUUCAACAUGCGGUCAGCCCCUGCUGACGACACGUCCUCCAACGACCCUGCCGAUGACCCAGCAAACCGCUCGUUCAUGGGCAAGGUGAAGGCCUUUGAGAAGAUGGAUCACCUGGCCCGAGCUAAAAGGAUGCUUGAGCUACAGGAGGCUGAACAAGCACGGCUUGAGAUAUCUCAUAAACAUCCGGACAUUUACGCGGUGCCCCACAAACCAAAACCCAAUCAAAACAGACCCCAACCUAUCGGGUCAAGCUCAAAUUCAGAAUCCUUCAGCUCAGCCUCCAAACCACCGCAUGCAGACAGCCGCUCCCACCACCGCGAUGACGACGAGGAAGUUUAUCGACGUCAGUUAGCCGAUCAAACCCGCAAAGGAUACUACAACCCCCAGAAAUAUAACGACACUGAACUGUAACCCAUAUUCUGUAAACACGUGGACCUUCACUGUGAUAUGUCAUAACAUGUUAAAUCUCAAAUGCAUGUGCGUGUAUUUUCUAUGCAUGUCAUUAUAAAGUGUCAUUUAGAACCAUUGACAAAGCAGAUGCAGCGUUAAACACUACCAGCUGUUGGUAAAUGCAUAUAAAUAAUGCAUAGUAUAAAUACAACAGUUAUAUUCCUACUGAAGCACAGUUAAAUCACUGUUAAGGGUUUUUACUUUUAUACCUGCAAUGUUUUAUAUGAAUAUUUCAGUGUAUGCUUCAUAUCUGCUUGUAGUUAUGUCUGUUUGUAUGUCUUUAGUUGAUUCAAUUUGCCCACAAUACCAUCAUGUAUAAUGAAAUGCUACAAGAUGGAGUUAGCGUUACCUUUUAACACUGCAAUUUACCAUCAACCAAAAGUAAUAGUAGGAUAAAUACUUCAAAACAACUUUGAGUGCCUUAACGCCAUUGAUCAAACAGCUAUUGACUUACUGUAGGUCUUAGGUUUAAUAAAUGCUUUUAUAUUUCCUGCAUAUAUUACUGUGCUAUGAUUGCCAUACAUGCUUAUGAUAAAGAUGUGUUAUAUCUGUUUUUAUAUCGUUCAGAGUUUGGAUUCAUUCAGAAUAUGAGAGUAUCACGUAUAAUGUUAACACUAUUGAUAAAUUACUAUGAUCAAUCUUUUGGAUUUACCACUAAAACACAGAUUUGUGGGAAAUAAAACUGUUUUUAAGUGUAAAGAAAAAAUAAAUAAACCAAACUUUUAAUAUUA